AUGACGUCCAUGGUGGCAAAGAUGGUGGGAAAAAAGAUUUUGGGGGAGACGCUGCAGAAUAAAUUCGGCAAAGAGGAUCCGUAUUUCGAACAAGUGCCCGCGACGAGACUCAACGGAAAGCCGAGCACGACCAAGUUCAAAAAAGUCAGAAAGGCUCUUCCGCCGGGGCUCUCUGAGCAGGAUGGACAGGUUCUCACAAAGGUCAAGCGUCGUGCUUACCGUCUAGAUUGUGCUCUGUUUACCUUCUUGGGCAUCAAGUUUGGUUGGGGCAGCGCUAUUGGUUUGAUUCCCGUUGCUGGCGAUGUCGCGGAUUGCCUCUUGGCGCUCAUGGUCAUGCGCGCAGCUGACCAGAUUGAAGGCGGCCUGCCAUUCUUCCUGAAAUUCCAAAUGCUCCUGAACAUUGCCUUUGACUUUGCUAUUGGCCUGGUACCAUUCGUGGGCGACAUGGUCGAUGCCAUGUUCAAGGCCAAUACGCGCAACGCGGUGCUGCUCGAGGGGUACCUCCGCGAGCAGGGGCAGAAGAACCUCAAAAGGGGCAAUCUGCCUAUUCCCGAUGUCGACCCGAGCGACCCGAAAGAAUUUGACCGCAACUACGUCGACGACCAAGACAGACACGAUCACCGAGACCGCCACGACCGCCGCGACGAGCCUCCCGCACGCCGCACGCAGGCCGCAGCCUCUGCGCAGGAAGCUGGCGUGACGGGAGCUUCGCGCGCCAAUACUGUACCGGUGACGGCGCCGGAGGAGGCCCGUGUUCGCGAGAGCAGAGACUGGCUGGGACGCAGCAAGAAGCGACCCGACGAUCUGGAAGUGGGAAAUGCGGCGCACAGUCGACGUGGAAAAUAA